AUGGAAUGGCAAUGGCUACAAUGUCUUGUGUUGAUUCUCUCGUUUUCUGUCUUACCACUUUCUAAAAGUGAAAACACCAUAACCGCAACCAACUCCAUCACUGGCAACCAAACAAUAAUCUCAGCCGGAGGUACGUUUGCAUUAGGGUUCUUCAGUCCUGGUAAUUCUACCGGUAGCUACCUGGGGAUAUGGUACAACACAAUCCCGAAACUAACAGUCAUCUGGGUUGCGAAUAGAGCAUCUCCAGUUCCAAAAGGUUCACCAUCAACUCUCAGGCUUUCUAAAGAUGGGAAUCUUGUGGUUUUAAGUGGAAAAGAGCAGAUCUGGACAUCAAAUCUGUCAGUCAUAAACUUCACAGAUGCAGUAUUACUUGAUAAUGGGAAUCUGGUACUUAGACAUGGUAAAGAUGAACUGUGGCAUAGUUUUGAUCAUCUGACUGACACGUUUCUGACUGACAUGAAACUUAGCUCCACCAGAAGUGGGCAAGAAAUGCGUCUAACAUCAUGGGUAGAUGAUGAGAAUCCUCAACCAGGUAUAUUCUCACUAGGGAUAGAUCCACAUCGGCAUCAGGUAUACAUUUGGAAAGGGGAUGAACCGUAUUGGAGAAGCAAUAUCUACGCAACUAAUUUAUCGUAUGGUAGUGGAUUUAUAGGAGAUGGAAGGUUUGGCAGUAGAGUUAUGGAUGGAGGAUUUCCCGCAUAUAUAAGUUAUGUUGUCAAAGACGAUGAAGAUUACCUUUUGUAUGGUAUCUCUAUAAACUCAAUCAGCACACGGUUUACCUUGGUUCCUCAGGGGCAAAUUGAGCUACAUGUAUGGAUGCAGACAACAUGGAAAGUUGUAUGGCAGUUACCUCGAGAUACAUGUGAUUUUUAUGGCUAUUGUGGUCCAUUUACAAUCUGCAGCCAGACAAAUGAAUCAAUUCCAGUGUGCAAGUGCAUGACUGGUUUCCAGCCGAAAUCAUACAAUGAAUGGAGUUCAGGGAACUGGACAGUCAGCAUAGGGAAAAUGAGUUUUAACGACUGUGAAUCUGGAUGCUUCAGCAACUGCUCCUGUACAGCUUAUGCAUAUGAGAAUGUCACCAAUGAAAUUACAAUAAUUUGUCUGAACUGGUUCAGAGAGCUUGUGGAUAUCUCAAGUAAUAACACUUUUGGUCAAAAUCUCUAUGUCCGCGUUCAUAGCUCUCAACUUGUAGACAAGAUACAUGAAAAUACUUUCACCCACAAAAAGAAAAUCAGGAAUGAAGUUGCAGUUGCAGUUGCCAUUGUUUCUUUAGGGCUGCUUCUAAUCAGCAUUUUUGGUUACUUCUUGACAAGGAGAAGGAGAAGGCUGAUGAAGGAAGAAUAA